GACCCCGCCAUGCUGUUUGUCCUUGGAGACGCGCUGCGCCAGCCCGCCGUUGUCUUCGCGACUUUGCAGCCUUAACUGUGAACAGAGAAGCUAAGAUAAAGAUAUAAGAUGCCUCGCUACACGACAUCUCAAACUUUCACCGAUGGUAACACUCAGAUUGUGGCGCUUCCGGACCCUGUUGAGGAUGGGACUGCUCUUCAGAGUAAGUCGGUGGUCGAUCCGGAGGCAGAGCCACUUGAGGUAAAGCUGCAGCGUAUCACGGAGAAGGUACCUGUGAGGGUGGGGAAUACCUCUGGGAGCUCUGCGGGCUCCGGCAGUGGAGAUUUCCACCAGUACAGGCAGAUGCGGCGCAAGGAACAGGAUCGCCUGGCAAGGAUGGAAGUGGAUUACCAGUUGAAAAAGGAUGCUGCAGAGUUCGAGGCUCGGAGGAAAGAGGUGUUGAAGAUGCAAGAACUGAGGACAGCCAAGAAACGAGCUAAGAGACAGAAGAAAAAGGAGUUGAAGAAAUUGGCAAAAACGGACAGACAGGCAGAGGAUGCCGCUGGGGGUAGACUACAUCCCAUAGCAGAAGAGCAAGACUGGCAAGUAUGGCGGACAAAAUGCCUUGUUGCUUCGUUAUCUUCGGCGAUGGCUUUCUCCGCUCAGACGUCUUUGGAGCAGGCACGACUUCCCUGGACUCAAACAGUUGGACAGGACUCCACAAUCUGGCAAAGGCAGGCGUUAGUGGAUUUCUUGCACUGCGCAAGCUUCCAGAACAAGUGGAGGCUGCAGAUCGGCUUUUCCUUGAGCUUGCACAGUUGCUGGAUGUCUAUGAUGAGUUGCAACUGGUCUUAUGAAGCCGCAAGGGUUCAGAUUGAUUUUUCAGAGGUCUUAAAUAUUCGAAUUUGAUUUAUGAAUCUAUCGGCAGCGAUGAUGUCGAACUCAGAUGUGGCUCUAUCCUUGGGCCAACGUGUGGGGUUUUCCGACCUGCCUCUGAGGCAGCAUCCAAGAAAAGAAGACACAGAAAGUGUUACACGGAAGCCUGUCGGAUGUAAUGCCUCUGAUGUUUCAGCUGUCUCUGAGUCUGACUCCGGCAGCCUACCGGAUCCGACAGAGCUGGUUGAGCGAGUCGUUCGGCUGCUGGGCCUGUCUGAGGGUUGUGGCGAUGACCAUGACAGCGGGAGUGAGAGGUUUGGCAUGAUCUUCCUGCAUCUUGAUGCCGAUGAAAUCGACGGUGCCGAUCUCCCUCUUGUGCAGUCCACGACUGGGAAUGCGGAUGGGAGGUUGACCGGUGCUCUGAAAGGAUUGGCGUGGGUGGAUGCGGUUGCCCGGGAGAUUGAGAGGUUGAAAGAUCAGCGAGGAGGCCAGGGAGAGGUGAUCUCCUCCCAGUUGUACUUUGUGGUGCUGAUGGGGUAUGGCAAUGAGCCCCUGGAGCAUGCAAAGGCCAGAUCGAGAGACGACGAUGUGGACAUUCUUAAGCUGCCAUCAAUAUCUGCAAUCGGAGGGGUCCCAGUAUCAGAGAAGUUGAGAAAGCUGAUACCUACUCAGAGUUAUGAAAUGAAGAAUGGAGCGAAGCUCGCCAAUAUCAGGUAAAUAUGUGACAAUGGUGCUUCAGAUGCGAAGGGAUGGAUCCGACAACACAAAACAAUCUGUCACGGGUGUCCUCCUUUGUUUGUCCCAUCGCUCAGCACCUUAUUAUUAAUAAUAAAAUAUUAAAUAGAUU